AUGGAGGAAAAUCGAAAACGCCACUGCUGGGAAUGUCUCCGACGCUGCCUAGUCUGUGACUCCACACGUCCCAUAUGCAAAAGGUGCUCUACGUCCGGGACUGUAUGUCCUGGAUAUAGUGAUGCGAAACCUGCAAGAUUAAGGUGGCUCGCACCCGGAAGAGUAAAAUCUCGAAAUCGGAGGCUGAAGGAGACUCCGUCUAAUAAAAUCGAGAACAGUCACGACGAAAUGACGACUAGGGCUAUGGCAGAGCUAUCUCGCUGGACUGAUGAUCUGGUCAUUCCUCGUUUUGAGAUAAAUACCGAGACUUGUGACUUAGUUCAGGCUGCAGAAUACUGCAAAGACAAUACCUGCAUAUACCAAGACCUGAUCCCCAUCCACCAACUUGGGCCAAAUCCUUACAUAUAUCCUGUCUCGCCCGCUCAUUUCCAGAGUGGAGCUACGCUCCCCGACCAUUUGCGACUUGUUUUUGUCUGCAUGGCCCUUAGCCACAGAAUCAACCGAACAAGGAAUGACCCCCAAUGUAAAGCCUUGGCUGUGACCUUUUAUCGGUACCGUGGUAUUGUGAUCCGCUCUCUCAGCGAGGAUAUCAAUGUGGAAUAUAAGCGUACUAGCGAUAUUCUUCUUGCCGGAAUAAUAUCCCUUUUACUCGCUGACACCCAGCAAGGUGCCUCUCCAAAUUGGCGAUGCCACCUUAAGGGAAUUGAAAGAUUAAUCACGCUUCGCGGCGGCAUUCGUGCACUAGCGGGAUCGAAACACUUAGAGUCGCUGCUUCUCUGCUUCGUGUUCGUUUCGGUUAUCGGGAACACGACAUCCCCUGCAUCAGACCUCGCCCUAACCAGUUCGCAUCUCGACGAACUUGAUUUCAUAUUAGAAAAAUAUGGCGGUAGAAUAUUUACCUUCCAUCUGUGUCCCCCACCCCUGUUCGCCGAGAUUGUCAAGAUCAAUCACCUUCGGACGCUAGCCACUAAACGUGAACCUGCCGGGGUGGGGGAACUCUCGCAAGAGGCGUACGAAAUACUAAGCCGUAUCCACGGUUUCUCUCCAGAACCAUGGGCCGACUCCAAGCCAUCGUCAAAGGAAGACUGGAUGCUUAUAGGAAACGUAUACCAAGCCGCUGUGGCAUUGUACUGCAUCUCUUCACUGCAAAGCCUGUCGGUUCUGCCCCUAUCCCACUCACUGAGAUCCCGUUGUACUACACACAGCCAGUCUCUGUACGUGCUUCUCAACGAGGCGCUGUCUUCCCCAAAGAUCAAAAGAUUCAUGCUUUGGCCGCUGGUCUUACUCGGCGUGGAAGCAGUGAAUGGCGGCGCAGCGAUGCGUGCUUUUGUUGAGAAACAGUUACCAGAGAUAAGUCGCCAUGUCGGCACAUAUGUACCACUUAUGGCAAAGGGUGUCCUAGAGAGGUUCUGGGCUUCAGGAGAGAUGCGUUGGGAUGCUUGCUUUGAUAAACCGUACGCUUUAACGACGCAGAUUGCGAUAGACAUUAGCCGGAUAUUACCAUUGUAGCUACGUCGUUAUAAUGCAAGCUCCAGUAAGGAUGCUGUCAGUUCAUAAGGUGUGGAAAAAGCUUUUUGAGAAGCACCAAGAAGCCGCAUCACUCUGGGCCUGCUUACGUCAAGUCGAUAAAUACUUGUAUUGCCACACCAGUACGCUGCGAAUAGAGAAAAAAACACAAAACCUGGAGCUUGGGCUUCCGGAUCUGCUAGAUCUGGAUCUCCCUUGAAGCUCCGGUUCCACCUGAAUCGGAUUUCGUUUAGU